CCCCGGCGCGGUCCGGAGAGACGUGGUGGCGGCGGCGGUGGCGGCGGCGGUGGCGGCGGCGGCGGCGGCGGCGGCGGCGCAGCCUCCUCUUCCCCCGGGAAGUCGUCCGGGCUUGAGGCCGGCCCCAGACGCCCCGCUCUGCCCCGUGGCGCCGCCGAUGGUGCCGGGCCCUCCUGCCCCCAGGCCACUUGCUGCCGGUUGGAACCCUCUCCCUCUUAUUUUUGCCUUAGGAGGGCAGGAAAAGAUUAAAGAGCCAUCAGGGUGUGAGGGGCACAGUGGCAAACCCCAGAGCUUGGCCAGACCCAGCUUCAAGCCCCGGCUGCCCCCUACCCCCACAGCCCAGCUCUGCACCCCACGUGCAGUGACACAUGUGGCCGCUUUUCUCUGGGCACAACCAUAAAUAACCUACAUUGCCCUGGCUCUGGCACAGCCGGGGUGCAAACAGAACCGUCAAUGAUUUUGGAAGUUCUAUGCCUUCCAAAGGCCCACCUGACCUUCCCAUCACAUGCAAAUCACCACUCACAAACCAUCCCCUCCAGGAAGCUUCGUGAUACCCCAGCGCAUGAACAGCCCAGCCUGCUGACCACCGCUGCACUCCCACCUGUCCCCCCGCCUCGGCUGCACCAUGUCCGGCUCCUACGACGAGGCCUCGCUAGCUCCGGAGGAGACCACUGACAGCUUCUGGGAGGUGGGGAACUACAAGCGGACGGUGAAGCGCAUCGAUGACGGACACCGCCUGUGCAACGACCUGAUGAACUGCGUGCAGGAGCGCGCCAAGAUCGAGAAGGCGUACGCGCAGCAGCUCACCGACUGGGCCAAGCGCUGGCGCCAGCUCAUCGAGAAAGGCCCACAGUAUGGCAGCCUGGAGCGGGCCUGGGGUGCCAUCAUGACGGAGGCGGACAAGGUGAGCGAACUGCACCAGGAAGUGAAGAACAACCUGCUGAACGAGGACCUGGAGAAGGUCAAGAACUGGCAGAAGGAUGCCUAUCACAAGCAGAUCAUGGGCGGCUUCAAGGAGACCAAGGAGGCUGAGGACGGCUUCCGCAAGGCCCAGAAGCCCUGGGCCAAGAAGAUGAAGGAGCUGGAGGCAGCAAAGAAGGCUUACCAUCUGGCCUGCAAAGAGGAGAAGCUGGCCAUGACCAGGGAGAUGAAUAGCAAGACGGAGCAGUCGGUCACGCCCGAGCAGCAGAAGAAGCUGCAGGACAAAGUGGACAAGUGCAAGCAGGAUGUACAGAAGAUGCAGGAGAAGUAUGAGAAGGUGCUGGACGACGUGGGCAAGACCACACCCCAGUACAUGGAGAGCAUGGAGCAGGUGUUUGAACAGUGCCAGCAGUUUGAGGAAAAGCGGCUGGUCUUCCUCAAGGAGGUGCUGCUGGACAUCAAACGUCACCUCAACCUUGCCGAGAAUAGCAGCUAUGUCCACGUGUACCGGGAGCUGGAGCAGGCUAUUCGGGGGGCUGACGCCCAGGAUGACCUCAGAUGGUUCCGCAGCACCAGUGGCCCCGGCAUGCCCAUGAACUGGCCCCAGUUUGAGGAGUGGAACCCAGACCUCCCUCACACCGCCACCAAGAAAGAAAAGCAGCCCAAGAAGGCAGAGGGGGUGACGCUGACCAAUGCCACUGGAGUGGUGGAGUCCACAUCCCAGGCUGGGGACCGUGGCAGCGUUAGCAGCUACGACAGGGGCCAGCCUUAUGCAACCGAAUGGUCGGACGACGAGAGCGGGAACCCAUUUGGGGGCAAUGAGGCCAAUGGGGGCUCCAACCCCUUCGAGGACGACGCCAAGGGAGUGCGUGUGCGGGCACUCUAUGACUACGACGGCCAGGAGCAGGACGAGCUCAGCUUCAAGGCUGGAGAUGAGCUCACCAAGCUGGGCGAGGAGGACGAGCAGGGAUGGUGCCGCGGGCGGCUGGACAGUGGGCAGCUGGGCCUCUAUCCCGCCAACUACGUGGAGGCCAUCUAGCUGCCCUGCUCCCCUUCACACCACCCCUCACUCCUCACCCGCCACCUCCCCUCCCUUCUCUCUCUUGUCCCUCUUCCCUCGCCAUAGAGUUCCAGACAUAUUUUCCGAUCAAGCUUUUAUUUUUUUAAAAGUCAAAACAGAACAAAACAAAAAAUACAGAGACAGAAGCAUUUGCAGGGCUGCCUGGAGGCCAGGGCGGUGGUGGGACUUGGGGUGAUGGCCCCAGGGUAGGCGAGGGUCCUAGUACUUAGCCCAACAGAGACGUUCCAACAUUGCUCUUCAGAUCCCACCAAAGAGUCUCCUGAGCCCUGAGGGAUGUCUCCCGGACCCUUCUCUCCUGCCUCACUCCCCCAGACUACACCCCUCACCCCCACCCCAGGCUGCCAGCACCCGUCCCCCUCCUCUUCUCUGGGCUCGGUUUUCUGACCUCUUCCUUCUGCCUCACGAUGCUCCCCUCUCUCCACCACCCUACUCUCAAAGGCCUCCCCUCCAGACCCCAGGGAAGGGGGGCCUCCCAGUCUUUAGUCUUCCACUUUGCCCCGGGGAGUGCCCUUCUUCUCCUGGCCUCGCCCCUGAUGACUGGUGGGGCUGGAGGAGGAACCGUCAUUCUCUUCUCCCCUAGAUGCUUCCCAGGAUCCCUGGACUCCCCCAGACAUGACCAGGGGUGAGCUGGAGUUGAUGACAGUGUCACUGGGAUGAGGCUCAGCUGAGGGACCAAGACCCUGCUGGGGCCCUUCUUUCCAGCUGUUGGCCAUUUGGGCGCAGGCUCUUCCUCAGAGCCAUACCUCUUGGUCACCUGCGGAGACCCUGCCUCCAUCUCAUGAGUCCUCAGGCAGGGGGAGGGGCCUCAAAGCCCGGGGCAAAGCCGGCAACUGUAGCGGCCUCCUCCCAUUUCCUGGGGGGGGGGGGGGAGGGCACCUUGUCCACCCGCCUUCCUCCCUCCAUGUCCAUCUGAAGCCCUAGUUGCACUAGGCUCGGCCAGCCUGCAGGAGACAGCCUUGUGGCCUCCCAUCCUGCCCUUCCCCUCUCUCGCCUGUCUGGGAAGACACUGGGGGAGGGGGGGCGGUGUCUGAGGGAGCUUCCAGCCUGGCACCAUCAGGGACACUGCAGCCAAUGGGAAAGACAGGGGUUUGGCAGGAGGGAGGGGCCCGGGCCCUCAGGGGCAAGACAGUCACCCUUUCUUCCUUGUCCCCUCCUCCUCAAUCAGCCCCUGCCCUUGGAGCCUCCCUUGCCCUUGGAGCGGCAUCCCCCCGGCUGGCAGCCCCUCCUUAUGUCUAAGCCUGGGUAGCAGUUAAAGGACAUUUGGGGGUGGGGGGAGGCAAAAGGCUUGCCCAGAGCUGGAGUGUUUCCUGUGUUUGGUGAAGGAAAGCUGUGUGGGGUUACUACAUACUAGUACCAGGUACCAGCCUCUCCCAUAUGUGGGGGCCCCUGGGAGGCUCAGAGAAACAGACCAGGGCAGGACAAAACCUCGAGGUGGGAGGACAUGGCUGGAAGAAGGAUCUCUUGGGAGCCUCAAGGGUGAGGCCUUGGGACUUCCGGUAGCGCCGGCAGAGCCCUGCUUCUGGGCCUCAGCGCUGCAGACACCCACCCCCUUCCACAGCACCUGCCCCCCGCCCCCCGCCGUCCUCCUUCCCGGCCUCCAGGUAAAGACAGUGGCAUACCCAGCCCUCUGGCACCCCUCAGUCCUCUUUUGCUCCCUGCUUCUUCCCCCGACAGUCUACUAUUAGGUCAUGGACCCCAUCCUCCAGGCCCUGACCCUUGUUCACAGUGCAGAGAUCCUGGGAGACUCUGGCAGGGGCCUGAACUGGGCCAGGGGAGUUGGAGGGGGGGGAUGAUGGCACCCCCAGGGACAGGCAGACUCCCCACCCCCAGCACUCCAUUUCCUGUCAUUGUCUACUCUCUGGGCAUCCGCUGCAGCCUGAGAUGUGCCCUAGGCCCCCUCGGAGCCUGAAGCAAGAUUUUGGAAGCCCUCCGCCCUCCCAGUUCCAGAACAAAACCCUCUUGGGUCUCUCCUCCAGGUGGGGGAGUUGGGGUUGAGGCCUCUGCCCCUCACCACCCUUGGAAGGCAGGAAACUGGCACAUCUGCGCCUUGGGGCCUGGGCUCCCCCUCUCUGUGCCAGUGGCUUUCUAGCACCUGGGGAGGGUCUGUGGUCCUGGCUGGACCCCAGACCUGUCCCCUUCAGCACUCCAGCUGCCCACCCCCGGGGCAGGGACUUGAAAUCCCAUCCUUUCUGAGCAACCACCUCCACGGCCCAGUUUGGGACCAGUCUCCCUCGGUCCCCAGGCUCCUCAGGACCCCGGAGAUGAGGGUCUCCUACCUGGCGGUCCCCCCCCUCCUCCCCCGAGCUCUAGGGGCCUGGCCCCGCCUGUCAGUGCUGGUGUCAGGGCACUCACCACCGAGCGUGGGGGCCGCGCCCCCGCCGCGCCCACCACCUCCUGUAGCCCCCUACCCACACCCUCAAUGCUGCACGGGCCCGCCCUGUGGGGCUCGGCGACUAAUGUGUUUUGUCCCCAGUUAACCACCGUUCUGCAGCCCGGCUCUGCAAGGGACCAGGGCUGCCCUGCCGCCCGCCAUCUGCUGCCCUAGGCUUCCUGACUCCAUUAGUCCGACACUUGUGAAACUCCGAGAAGUGCUGUGGUCUCAGCAAUGCACCUGUUUUGUACAUGAUUGUGUAAUUUAAAGGUAUAUAAAUACAAAUAUAUAUAUAUAUCAGUUGUGAUUGUACGACUGUGGAUAAAAUCCAGAACUGUGUCAACCUGG